CGCUGAAACACAAAACCUUUCUUGGAAACGGAUUCUCGGAAUCUCUGUUGUCCAAACUGAACUGGAGGGUUUCAGAGCCGCAUUUCACCGAAUCCGUCUCCAUGUUCUGGCUCUCAUUUUAAGGCAGGUCCAGCAUGUAUCUAUUAUUUUUUAUUUAACUGUUUUCCUCUUACAGUCUCUCGGUGUAGAGACCGAAGUCUGCGAUUAUUUACUGACACAUACUGUCGGGUCGCCUCCGGAUUUUUAGAAAAAAAGAAAUCGCUCCUCGUCUUCAUACAAGGUCACGGCUUAGACAUGGUCGCUCAGGAGGUGACCAUUUUGCCACAUGCGGAGCGAAUGGUAUGCAGCACCCAAAACCUCGCUCCAUCUUCGAAUGCUGCGGAGGAUCUCGUCCGCAUCACCAGUAAUUUGCAGUACCUGCAAACGUCCGGUUGGUAUUGGGGCUCCAUCUCAGCCAGUGAAGCCCGAGAAGCUCUCCUGACCAUGUCUGAAGGAACAUUUCUAGUCCGGGACAGCAGUCACCCUCAGUACAUGCUAGCCUUGUCGGUAAAGACUCGCCACGGACCUACAAGUGUUCGGAUAGAAUACAACUGGGGGUCCUUCUGGCUCAACUCCAUUUCCCCCGGAGUUGCUGACGUCCAGUCAUUCCCUGAUGUCCCCAGUCUCAUCCAGCACUACACUGCGUCUGGCCACACUCCCCGGGACGGUAUCUGCCCGACGACGGAUUCAAACUCCUCGCCGUUCGCGACAAAAGACAAGGGAGUUCUCCUAAGGUUGAGGCGACCUCUGCUCCGACCUCAGGCUUUUCCUUCGCUGCAGCAUAUAACCAGACUGACAAUAAACAGAAAUACCAACUGUUUAGACCAACUUCCACUUCCAAAGCCUCUGCUGGGCUACCUGCGAAGCUAUCCGUUUCAUGUGUGACAACUGAGGUCGAGAUGGAGCCGAAGUCACAGGCAAAGCAAUACAUGCUGUAAAUAUAACUGUUUUGAACAUCUGACACAGUCACAGUCAGUCGACCUCUCAAACUGCCUCUGUAUUAAACAACACAAAAUGUGUGAUGAACAAUUGAAAAUCUGACAUAUGGUGUGAUGUUCACAUACUAGUUCUCUGCUGUGAGGCAUGGUGAUACAACAGCGUUUCAGGGCAUGUGAUUUCACACAACAUUUGGUCUUUAAAUUGGUUUUCUUCAAAAAGACCACCCAGAAUAAGUUAAAGCCACGAGUGUGGUGUUUCACGGAAACAUGCCUGCGUUGUUUUUCAAGCCGCGGAACUGAGAAAGCCUCUUAUCUGGAUUAGAGGAUGAUCUGGAGUUAUUAAUACACUGCUGAGGCCCAUCGCUGCCUCUCUCUGUCAACCAGUGUCAACUGGAAUGUCAUUUUGCGCUGUUAUUUGGAAAAUGAUCGUGCUCAAUUUGUCUGACGAUACAUUUUGACAAAUGAUGCAAAAAUAUCAUUUCUGUGUUUGAAAUAAAGCAACAUACAUGUGUUUUUAUUAUGUUUAUAAUGCCUUGUCUUAUGUUAAAAUUGUGCGGCUGGACCUUUUCAGUGAACCUUUUGGAAUUGAAAGAGUGAGAACAAGUCCCUGUUUUUUAAAGGAUCGAAAUGAAGUUGGACCUCUGCUGUUGUAUCUUCCGUUUUA